CGCCUCCGUCCUCCGCGGGCGCUUCCCCGCGCAUCGGCUUCGUCUCCCUGGGCGGUUGGCGUAGGAGAGUUUGUCGGCGCUCCGCCGCUGGGUAACCUCGAGACGAGGCCUGGCUGUCCAGAUCCCCGUCCCCGCUUCGAAUCCCUCGCGCUGGUUAAUUUUUGUACUGAAGACUGAAGAGGAUGGCAUCUUCAAAGGUUUGCAAGGAAAGAUUUGAUGCUGCUGUCACAUAUCUGGGUGCUAUUGGAAUUCAGAGAGAAACUGUUUCACCAGUGUUGACGAAUCUACUAGACUUGUAUGAUCACAACUGGGAAUUUAUAGAAGCUGAUCACUUUCGGGUUCUAACCGAUGCCAUAUUCGACGAGCCAGAUCCCAAAGAAGAACAGCAAAGGCAAGCUAACAAGAGGAUGAAUCCUGAUUCGGAUCACUGUAAAAAGAAGCUUAAGAUAAAACAUCAUUCUCGAAAACCUACAUCCAAGGUGCGUGUCAAUGAGAAGACAGAGUUGACUGAAGCUCCACUGCAGCAAGAAGCAGGCAAGCUGUGCCCUCAAACUGUUUGUGCCACUGGGAACACAUUGCAGUUGUCUUUUUCGCGGGUGCCUAUUGAAGAAAUAAACAUGGAAAACGAUGUUCUCAAGGAUACAUUGACAGAUGAAGAUAGUUCAGCUUUAUCACUCCAAGGUCAAGAGCUUCCUACUUUCGAGACCCCACUGGCAGUUAUGUGCCCACUAGUUCAAGAUUCCAGCCAUCAGAGAGCAUACAAGGACGUGCACAACCAGUGCAUUGAAUUGGACUAUACAUAUAGUGGACCAAGAGAAAGUGGAAUGCUACAAAUAGUUCCUGCCAUGGACUUUUUAUCUAAGCCUUCAGUGCCAAACCAAGCUGGUUCCUCGUGUAUGCCACCUAGCAAUAGCAUGAUCCAUGGUGGUAUUUGCCCCUCUAGUGCUACUGCUGGAGAACAGUGCAGUUCCAGUAAUAUGCUGGUUAUUGCCAAGCCCAAGGGACCAGCUCAUGAUGUCAAUGACAUAACAAAAGGUGAAGAACAUGUGAGUAUUCCCAUAAUCAAUGAAGGUGGCAAUGGGAUUCUUCCUGCUCCCUUUCACUACAUACCACGCAAUAUCACAUUCCAGAAGGCAUAUGUCAAUCUUUCGCUUGCUAGAAUAGGAGAUGACAAUUGCUGCUCAGACUGCUUUGGAGAUUGUCUAGUGGAACCACUUCCUUGUGCAUGCGCAGCAGAAACAGGAGGCGACUUUGCUUAUACAAGAGACGGCCUGCUUAAGGAAGAAUUUCUCAAUUCUUGUCUCUCCGUGCUUCCAAAAUUCUACUGCAAAAUUUGUUCAAGGGAACGAGUGAAGAUCGUAAAUUCUGAGUCACCAAACGCCAAGGUGAAUCCUUGUAAAGGGCACCCUAUAAGGAAAUUUAUCAAGGAAUGUUGGAAUAAAUGUGGAUGUGCCAGAAAUUGUGGAAAUCGUGUGGUGCAGCGGGGUAUUAGUCGGCAUCUACAAGUUUUCUUAACCCCUGGAGAAAAAGGAUGGGGACUGCGGGCUGCUGAGGAACUUCCUCGGGGUGCAUUUAUUUGUGAGUAUGUUGGUGAAAUAUUGACGAACAAUGAGCUGUAUGAGCGAAACAAUCAAAUGGUGUCGAACGGUAAGCAUACCUACCCUACGUUGCUUGAUGCUGACUGGGUCACUGAAGAUGUUCUGGAGGACGACCAUGCUCUCUGUCUGGAUGGCACCUUUUAUGGGAACGUGGCAAGGUUCAUAAACCAUAGGUGUUCUGAUGCCAAUCUUAUUGUUAUACCUGUUGAGAUUGAGACACCCGACCACCACUACUACCAUCCGGCGUUUUUCACCACAAGGCAAAUAAAGCCAUUUGAAGAACUUACAUGGGACUAUGGACUUGACUUUGAUGAUGUCAACCACCCUGUCGAGGCAUUCAAAUGUUGUUGUGGAAGUGAGUUUUGCCAGGACAAAAGGAACAUCUGAAGGUCUAAAGUUAGAGCCCUGGUGUAACUAUGAGUACUGGUCACGAGAUAAAGCCACCAAGGAGAUUCGAGAUAACAUAUCAUCUGCAAUGCCGUCUUCAUGCUUUGUCACCUAUGGAUCUGGAUUGCCUGUUUCAGUGUUGUCAGACAGAGCUUGCUUCCAAGCAGUGCAUUUUGGUUGCCCGUUCUUAAUUUCCUUUUGAUUUGGAAAGGUUUCUUGAUUCCUUUCCUCAACGAGAUAUGUAGGAAGUUUAAGUAUGGAUCUUUUUCGGACUUCUAACUUGAAAAGUCUAGUGCAUUUAAUUAA